AUGGUGAUCACUGGCAAUAAUGUCUCUGAUAUAUCUGAUUUACAGAUCUAUCUUCAUCAACAUUUUGAUAUAAAGAGUCUUGGUAAGCUUCAUUACUUUCUAUGUCUUGAGAUUUCCAACAUAGUAGAUGGUAUCUACUUAUCUCAAGCGAAGUAUGCUUCUGACCUCAUCUCCCAUGCUGGCUUGACUGAUAGCAAAACUGCCUCGACUCCACUUGAGGCAGAUUGUCGUCUUACUCCUCUCAAUGGAACCCUCUUAAAGACCCCACGCUCUAUCGGAACUAUCUUACAUGAUCUUCACUUCUCCGUUGAUUUAUCAUUGGUACUCACUAGUUACUCAGAUGCUGAUUGGGCAGGCGAUCCCACUAACCGACGCUCCAUCACUGGUUAUUGUUUCUUCUUGGGUGUUUCUCUUGUUUCUUGGCGAAGCAAGAAACAAACUAUUGUUUCCCGUUCUAGCGCUGAGUCAGAGUAUCGUGCGCUUGCUAAUUCUACUUCUGAACUUCUUUGA